AUCAGGAGACUCUCUUGUUUACAUUUGACCAAUAUUUAUCAAACUUAUUAUUUGUGUACAAAGAAUAACCGAGCGGGGAAAAUUGACAAAACAAAUCAAGAUUGAUGCAAUUAGCACAAUGGUAUAUGAUGAAGUUGGAAGAUUAAAAACAAGCUGACCCAACUCCCUGGGGCUAGCGAUGACGACUCGUCCUGCCCCAUGUCCAUAUGAUACACCACUUCCUGAAAGAGAACCAAUACAAUUUGAUGUUCAAUUAAAAGGAGCGCCAGAUGAAAUUGUGCAACUUGUUCAUAACAUCAAACAGAUUGGGGAACAGUUCCUCUAUCAUUGGAAGACCUUCCCUAUUGUACUGCCUUUACCUGUUAAUGCAGUGGAAAAUUCUGCGGCAUUGUCGUCAUCUGCUGAUAUUCCAUAUAUUACAGGUGGCAACGUAGGUGAGGGCACUAGCUCAUUGGGGAGAAGAUGUGGUUCACGACCGUCAACAUUAAGAGACCUCUUCGUAACCCCGUCGUUCGACGAGUUGGACGCAGUUGCUAUAGAUACUUCAGGGGAACCCAGGAGACUCACUGCAAAACAAUUAGAGGCACUGCGUGAAAGAGGCUUGCAUAAGGACAGCCAUGGGAAACAGAAGAGACUCGAUAGUAUACAGCUAGAAUCCAUCAAGCAAUGUGGGGAAUUUGAAGUACCGAGUUUGAAUUUUCCCGGGCAAGUGCACAGGUGGAGACUGAGCGCUCUACUACAAAGAGGAACCAUAAAUACUCAUGACACUUUAAUGGAAGAUUUAGCACUUUCACUGAGAUUCAUUAUAGUUACAGCAAAAGCAAGACUGGUAUCACAUUUUUUUAGCGUGAAUCAAGCUUUAACAUCUUUAGUUACUGGAUUUAUUAAAUUAUUGGAUAUAAUAUUGGGCGUACCUAGCGUACAGGCACACAAUCUUGAUAGUAAAUUAAGAGAGGAAAGAAGCAGGUACCUUGUUGCUGAAUUGGUCUGUAGGAUGGAAUAUGAAGAUUCUUUGGAAGUUUUGUGUUUAUUUGUUCGCCGUCAGCUCCGAAGGGCUGCUACUGAAAAAUUUGAGAUUGAAAGAGAAGCAUCCAAUCCUCCCGUUCCAAUUCCUUAUUUAUUUUACACACCCAAGGGGUGUGAGGUAGAUUUGAGACUCUUCAGCAAAGAUAUUAUGCGUAAAGCACUGCCAAUUUUAAUUAAUAUACUCGAAAGGGAAACGAGAGGCUGGUUUUUACAUUUUAGAGAAAGACUUAUAUCUGAAUUAAGACAACAAAAACGACCCGAUGAAGAAAUUGAAAGGGAAGUAAAUGAAGCUGUGAUGAAAGAAUAUUUAGAAAGAGUUUAUACAAGCAUUCUUACAAAUGCCGAAUUAAAAGAAUUAGGUAAUGGUAUUCCUCAACUUUUAAUAGAACAAGCUCAAGCCGUUGUUUUAAUGCAUAGAGCUGUUGAAAAUGUACAACAGAAGCUUUCAAAAACCAAAGAUAAUCUUAAAAAUUCUCUGGAGCGUUCUCACCCUGUAAGGUCUAGGAUUAGGCCUUGGCUAAGAGAUAGACUUCGCUCUGCUGAAGAAUCCUUUAUAGAAGAAUGUAAAUGGAGUGCACAUGAAGAAGCUCUAACUUUAUGUAAUAAUCAGCACCUCAAUCAAACAGUUUAUUUUUUAAACAGGGAUCUUACAUUUAUGAAAGAGAGAGAGCCUGUCUUGAAGAAGGAGCUUAGGCAUGAUAAGACGCCGACUCGUAUCUUCCAGUGGCGUACCCACAUUUGGUUCCCGAGUAACUGGAUUGUGAGGAGGAGCUUUCAAGGACAUUCUGAAAUCAUACCCACAGUUCUCAGUUCGACGGCAACUUCUAUUACAACUCCUCGGUCUGAUCCAAGCCAGCCUGUAUUUCUCGUUGAGAAAGAAAUAAUAAGGACGACAACAACAAGAUGGCCAUUAUGGAGAUGGAUAAAUUAUUGCCAUAGAACAUGGAGUUGGACAUGGAAUGCCAUGUUUUUCUUUGGAGUGGUAAUCCCUUGGUGCAGUCCAGUUGGCAUAAGGGCACUACUGUGCAUUCAGCCGUUCACGCCUGAUUUAGAACUUUCUCAAGUCAAUGGGACAUUAUUUCCAAGACAAAGUUCGUCGACGCCUACAAUGAUUUCAACGUUAAGGUCUUUAGCUAGGCAUAUAUCGAAAGCAACAACUCAGUUUGAAUCAAAACCUGAUACAGGUUUUAUAGGUAAAGGAAUGACUAGACAGCUCAAUAAAUUUUGGAAUUAUGUUGGAAAAGGGCUUUUUGGUACGCUGGGGAUUGUUUUGGUUUUUCCAACAUUAUGUAUUUUGUCAACUAUUUUGUGCUUUGCUAUCGCUACAACUGCUUUUAUCUGGAUGCCUGCUAUAACACUUGUUCUCCAAAUCUGUCUUGGCUUGUUCUGGGAUAUGGACAGCCCUGUUUCUGAAAGAAAUAAAUAUUUUGUCAUAGCUGAAGCAAUCAUUUGGGAUGUUCUGAUACAAGGGAUGCUUCAACCAAUUGCUUCUUUGUUUGUCGCAUUUAUUUUGUGUCCAACGCUUUCUUUCUGUGUUCUUUCAUUUGGAGUUUUGAGAUAUUGUUUGCGCUUAGCUUGGGAUUCCUUUGUCUUCCAUUUAAUAAUCAAGAAACGAGGACGAAUACCUGCAUCAGAUAGUGUGAUUGUGAAAAGAGUAGAAGGACCUGGUCUUAACAACAACUAUUUUUAUCAGAUUCGUCCUGAACAAGCACUUGCUGCUUUUGAAGCUAAACUAGAAUUGGAUGAACUGUCAGCUUUUCAACAUCAGAUGGAGCAAAAAAUAAUGCAACCUCAAAAAGACUACAGCCAGUUUGUAUCAGCCUGCUUUGGACCAUUUUCUGCAACGUUAGCAAGAGUUGGUGCUUAUAAAUCCUUAGAACGAGAAGCCCAUGAUCUAAUGACAAGUCUCCAGGAGAAAUUAGAAAAGAGAAGAAGAGAUCUGCAUACUGGCUUGCCUACAGGUCUCCGAACUAAAUUAAAAUUAAAUACCAUCGAUUUGAAGAUUGCUAUACAACAAGGAGCAUUGAUGCUAGAAAGAUUUUAUCCCUCUCAUGUUUUUUGGAGAUUAAAAAUGACAGAACAAGAAUUUUGGGAAAGUAAAGCUUUAACCUUGAAUGACUGGGCUGGCCUUGCUGCCCUUUUAUAUUCAGAUAUGUUCAGCCUUGAUUUUUUGACUCCUUUAGAUGAGAAUGAUACCAGUUUUAGGCUAGAGCCUUCGCCUCAGGUUGAUUUGGGACGAUACACAGAACUUGUGAGAGGAGCCGGAGGUCUCGAUUUGCUUGGACCCGUAUAUGCUCCUAGAGCUAACAUUCAGGUCCACUCCCCAUUCCUUGACGUAUCAUCUUUCAACCCUCGCCAUAGACCGAUCCAUCACACCAAAACAAGCAGAGAUGCUGGAACAGGAUUGUCCAUGAUACAGACAACCAUAAAUACAAAAGCAUGGACAUUAUGGAGGCCAUGGAAAAGACCAGAUCACACAUACAAUGCAGAGAAGCUCAUCAUACCCCUUCCAAUCCCUCAUCCUGCUCAUAUUGCCAUCACGAUCUAUAAUCGUGACACAGAUACACCAAUACCUUUAGAUUCUGAUUCUUGCAAACAUAUUUUGAGGGGUUUGGAAGAAGGAUCAGAAGAAGGAGCUGUAGCUAGGUACAGAGGUGGUGGGGAAGGAGAUAGUGUUGAUACUUUAAGCAACACCAAUAGCAGUUCGGGUUCGUUAGGCAGCAAACAAAAUGUCGGAGAACCGUGGGCAGAUUGGUCAACAAAUCGAAGCAAAAAACUAUCAACUACUGUCAGAGUAGAUCUGGCUUCUCCAGAAGACAUCACCCUUGAUUCAGAUUCGACUCGUGUCGUUUUCUCCGCUUAUGGUACAACUGUGUAAUACCAAUUUAUAACAAAAGUAUCUAUAGAUGCUAUUAGAAGUAACAACAAAAAAUAAACCAUAGAAAGCUGUUGGCAAAGGCUUCUUUACUCAAGCAAGAUUAACAAAUAAUAACAUUGUACAUUUUUAUCAUCGUACUGUUAAAAUAUAAUACAGAGUGAAUCUCAAAA